UGAACAAGAACAGAGCACGCUCAUAGCGCUAAAAGCGUGCUCUUCGAACGCAGCCUAGGGGUGCGUUCGGGGAGACGCUAUUAGCGCUAACAGCGUCGUUCUAUCUUUGUUACUUAUUGAAAGUUGAACAAGGACAGAACACGCUCAUAGCGCUAAAAAUGUGCUCCCCGAACGCAGCCUAGGACUCUAUGUAUCAGCAAGUAGAAAUUCCAAGGAUCCGACCCCGAAAAUCAAAGUGACAAAAAGGAGAAAAAAAAGAAGAAUAAAAGAAAGGAAGACAGAAAAUGAUAAUUAAUAUUGUAUACCUGUGACGGUUUGUGGAUUCAUCUAAUAGAUAGCGUUUGGUGAAGACGAAACACUUAGCACAAAUAGGAUAUUUUAAUUCCAUAACGCACGAUAAGAUUAUCAAAAUGAUAUGCUAUUCUGACAGAUUGUGAUGUCAGUCGAUAAACGCGGCAAAUUCGUGCCAUCCAGGUCACAUUUCGCAAACUCAUGCUCAACACGAACAGCUAUUUUUAAAUAAAAAUUCUCCAAUAAUCAGAAAAUGAGUCAAUUGCAGACUCAUUUAAUUGCUGCUGCUAUCGGAGCAACUAUUGGUGUUAUAAGUGCAGCUAGUAUCUUCAUUUAUCAGAAAGUUUUGGAGAAACAACAACAUGCUAUGAAAAACGCUCACUUAGACGAAGUCGACCGUCGUCUUACAGAGUUACAAACAGAAUUGGAAAGAUUAAGAAUACAACAAGAUCAACAGAGAAAGAAGAAGCUUAGUCGUAAACAUGAUAAUGAUAAUACAUUUACUGUAACGGAUAAUGAUACUGAUGGCUUUUCAACAGCAGCCACAGAUAUUGAUGAUGAAUUUUUUGAUUGUUCAGAUAGUGAAAAUAAUAUAAGCGACAUUGAAAAUAGGACAAUUGAAACCACCUACUUUGGAUUAAACUUUUGCAUCUUCGAUGUACGUUACCAUCAUGAGGGAUACGAAGAAGAUGAUUAUCUCAAACUACGAAGUUUCACAGAUAGUUAUCCAAAUAAUGUAGAUGUAGUAUGGAGAUAUGCCAGAAGUUGUUACAAAUAUUCGAAUUGUAUUACUGAUCCAAAUGCAAAAAAAGUUACAAUUUGUACAGGAAUUAACGCUUGUGAGAAGCUUCUUAAUAUAUCAAAUGCGGAUCUACAUAAAUGGUAUGCUAUACUCGUAGGUGUAUAUGGUGAAUUUUUGCCAAUAACAGAGAAAAUAAAGAACGGUUACCGUUUCAAGGAACAUGUAAUGAAAGCCUUAAAAAUAAAUCCAAAUGAUGCUGAUUUACAUCAUCUACUUGGCAGAUUCAAAUAUGAGGUGGCUAACUUAAGUUGGAUAGAAAGAAAGGUCGCCGCAACAUUAUUCUCGGAGCCACCAAGUGCCUCAUAUGAAGAUGCAAUUGAUAGCUUCCAGAAAGCGGAGAACUUUUCAGUCGAAGUAAAUCUGCAAAAUCGAUUAUUUCUAAGUAAAUGUUAUAUAGCAUUGAGCAAGUAUGAAUUGGCUUGCGAUUGGCUGGAGAAAAUUUGCGACUUUUCAGUUGUGAGCAAAGACGAUGAAAAGAUACAAAACGAUGCUCGUCAACUUCUUACCAAAUAUUCGAGAUAUCAUCAGUAGCAUGGGAGUUUUAAUAGAUCUGGAUAUAUUCAUGUUUUAAAUAUAUUAAUCACGUAAUAUACGUAAAUAAUUUAUAGAAUAUAAGAAAGGGAUAUGAGGAAGGGAAAGGAAAUGUACAAGCAAUUUUAAAAUUAUAUGGAGAAAUAUAUAACAAUUUUAUUAUCGAUAAACUUUUAUAUAUAAAACU